AUGCAGACAAUUAUCUUUGCCUUAACUCUUAUUGUAUUAGCUUCAUCUACUUAAGCUGAUGUUAUUGCUACAAUUAAAAAGAUUUACAAAUCAACUUUUGGCAGAACAUUAUUUGAUACUAUCUGGCUCGAACUCUAAACAGGAGAUCCAUUAGACAGAUUACUCUAAACCUUGACUGAUUUAGAAGAUAGAUAUGUUGCCGAAUAAAAGAAGAUGAUGCCAGAAAUCUCAAAUACUAAGAUGCAUGCACAGUUGUAAGAUUAUUGACUCAUACUAUUUUAGGACAUUUCUGCCUUUGACAAAGAUUUGGCUGAGUCUAAUAGAAAAAAGAUUGAAUUAGAAGCUAGAUUAGAAGGAUAAUUAUAUCCAUAAAGAGGAAUCUUAUAAGAAUUAGUUGCUUAAAAAUAAGCUGAAGUCAAGGGAUACUAACAAGAUUUAGAUGAACUUGAUGCUUAAAGAGCUGAAGAAAAUGCUGACUUUGAAGAGAAAGUAUUAGAACACUAAGAAGCCACAGCUAUUAUUGCUGAAGCUAGAAGACUUUUUGCUGAUAACAUUGAACACGAAUCCUUCAUCUAAAAAGGAAAAGCCACUAAAUAAUCAACCCACAAAUUUACAAAAGAGGUUGCUAGCAUGAUCUAAAAGCAUUUCACUUAAUCAGCUAAGAAAACUGCUAAAUUCUAACACAGAAAGGGAUAUAGCAAAUUAUUCAAAGCUUUUGCUACAAUUGCUUCCAAGGUUGAAUAAUUAGCUGAUGCUGGAGCAGUCUCAAAAAUCAUUGAUUUAGCUGAUGAAUUGUUGGCCAAGAUUGCUGAUUCAUUAUCUUUAUUAAGAUUCGCUGAAGGUAAGAGAGUUUAAGCCUACAAGAAAUCAAGAAAAUUUGUUGUCAUUUCUAUUACAGUUGCAGGAACUGCUCUUGCAAACGCUUAAUCAGAUUUGGCUGCUUUAAAUGAUGUCAUUGCCUAAGUUGAAGCUUCUUUAGAUACUACUAACUAAAGAAUUGAGAAUGUUAGUGCUGACAGAAACGAUAGAUUUACCUAAUGUGAAGAAGCCGUUUAAGAUUACUAAGAUUCCAGAGCUGCCAGAACUUCUGAUAGAGAUGUUGUUUCAUAAACCAUCGGAUUAGUAAACAAGGAAUUAAGAACUUUAAGAGAAUAAUUAGCUUUAAGAUAAUAAGCUGGAGAAGAAAUUUGA